AUGGCUGGUGUGUUUGACAUUGACUUGGAGACUGAGGAUGUCAGUGAUACAGAGGACGAUGUCUGUGAUGGCACCAUAACGGAGCCAGACAAUGUACCGAAAGAGGAAGUGGAGCUGACCAGUGAAUGCGUCAAUAAAGACAGUGAAAGAGUUGGACCUGAUUUCUUUGAGCUUCUGACAGUACUUGGAAAAGGAGCCUAUGGCAAGGUUUUCCAGGUCAGAAAGGUCCAAGGUGCCAUGGCAGGAAAGGUAUUCGCCAUGAAAGUUCUCAGAAAGGCCAAAAUCGUAUGCAAUGCUAAAGACACUGCUCAUACACGAGCGGAGAGGGAGAUCCUGGAGACAGUGAAACAUCCUUUCAUAGUGGAUCUUCUUUAUGCCUUCCAGACUGGUGGGAAACUCUACCUCAUAUUGGAGUAUUUAAGUGGAGGAGAGCUAUUCACACAAUUGGAGAAAGAAGGCAUCUUCAUGGAAGACACUGCUUGUUUUUAUCUAGCAGAGAUCAUACUGGCUCUUGGUCACCUCCACUCAAAUGGAAUUAUUUAUCGAGACCUCAAGCCUGAGAACGUCAUGCUUAAUCACCAAGGACAUAUCAAGUUAACAGACUUUGGCCUCUGCAAGGAGUCAAUUCAUGAUGGAAUCGUCACACAUACAUUUUGUGGCACCAUAGAGUACAUGGCACCUGAGAUUCUGACAAGGUCAGGACAUAACAAAGCAGUAGACUGGUGGAGCCUUGGGGCCCUGAUGUAUGACAUGAUGACUGGAUCGCCGCCAUUCACUGCGGAAAACCGUAAAAAGACCAUUGAUAAGAUCUUGAAAUGUAAACUUAAUCUGCCUCCCUAUCUGACCAUCGAUGCCAAGGACCUCAUCAAAAAGCUGUUGAAGAAGAAUCCAGCCCAAAGACUUGGCUCCAGUAAAGGAGACUGCGCAGAAAUUAAAGUACAUCCAUUCUUCAAACAAAUAAAGUGGGCCGACCUGCUAGCUAGGAGAGUUGAGCCACCAUACAAGCCAAAGCUGCGUUCCGAUGAGGAUGUGAGCCAGUUUGAUACAAGGUUUACCAGACAGACACCAGUGGACAGUCCAGACGAUACAUCACUUGGCCGGAGUGAAGAGCUUACUUUUGCUGGUUUCACCUACGUGGCUCCUUCAGUCCUGGAAAGUUUAAAAGAAGGUUUCUCCUUUGAACCUCGAGUGAGGCCUGUUCGCCGCAGUAGCCCAGGCACAACCAACAGUCCUCUAAAAUUUUCCCCUGCUGGCCCUUUCAAGUCAAAUAUUGAUAGAGAACCAGGACAUUUUUCUCCCACAUCUUUCCCAGUAACUCCUCCCUCCGUGCCACUGGAGAACGGACCUGCCAGUAUGCCUAUUAAAACCGAAAUGGCCAGAAACAAAAAGGAGGAUGGGCACCGCAGAUGA